CGGCGUGCCGGGAUUCGGCAAGGACAACGAGAGCCUGAUCAGCCGCGAGGAGUUCCUGGGCGGGGUGAGGCUGGGGGUGCCGCAGGCCAACGAGCUGGCGGCCGAGGCCGUGGUGCUGCAGUACACGGAUUGGCUGGACCAGGACAACCCGGUGAAGAACCGCGAGGCGCUGGACGACAUCGUGGGCGACCACAACGUGGUGUGCCCGCUGAUGCACUUCGCCCAGCGCUGGGCCGAGCGCGGCGGCACCGUCUUCGCUUACCUGUUCGACCACCGAGCCUCCAACCUGCUGUGGCCGCCAUGGAUGGGCGUCCCCCACGGAUAUGAGAUCGAGUUCGUGUUCGGGCAGCCCCUGAACCCCGGCCUCAACUACACGGCCGAGGAGGAGGCGCUGAGCCGGCGCAUCAUGAGAUACUGGGGCAACUUCGCCCGCACCGGGUACGGGCAACGGGGAGGGACGGUGGGGACCAGGAUGGAUGGAUGGAUGGAUGAUGGAUGGAUGAUGGAUGAUGGAUGGAU